CGGGAGCCGCCAGCGAUGCUGCGGGGCGGCCGGAGCCCGCUGCCGCCGCCGGCGGAGCCCCCCGGCGGGGCGCGGGGGCCGGCGGGCGCCCCCGGGGCGGCGCAAGUGGCAGCGGGCAGCCUACUGGCUCUGCUUAUCCUCUGGACGCUCUUUGGGAAUGUGCUGGUGUGCGCGGCCAUCGUCCGCUACCGGCACCUGCGGAGCAAGGUCACCAACAUUUUCAUCGUGUCCCUGGCUGUCUCGGACCUACUGGUGGCCCUGCUGGUCAUGCCCUGGAAGGCGGUGGCUGAGGUGGCUGGGUACUGGCCCUUCGGGGCUUUCUGCAACGUCUGGGUGGCCUUCGAUAUCAUGUGCUCCACAGCCUCCAUCCUCAACCUGUGUGUGAUCAGUGUGGACAGGUACUGGGCUAUUUCCAGCCCCUUCCGCUACGAGAGGAAGAUGACCCAGCGGUUGGCUCUGGUAAUGAUCAGUGUGGCAUGGGCACUGUCUGUGCUCAUUUCCUUCAUCCCUGUCCAGCUCAACUGGCACAAAAGUAGGGAUGUUGUUGUUGCUGCUGGUGAUAGUGGAAAUGGAUUUGGCACUGCCUGGGCAGCAGCAGGUGCUGUCACCACUUGGGCAGAAGAUAUGAGCACCACAUGGGUGGCAUUAGCAGCAAUGAGACCCUCUGAUGUGACCUCUGGCAGCAAUGAUACCCUCAUUGGACCAUCAGAGAGCUGUGACUCCAGCCUCAACAGGACUUAUGCUAUUUCCUCCUCCUUGAUCAGUUUUUAUAUCCCGGUGGCUAUCAUGAUAGUUACCUACACUCGAAUCUACCGCAUUGCCCAGGUGCAGAUUCGUCGUAUCUCUUCCUUGGAGAGGGCAGCUGAGCAUGCACAGAGCUGCCGGAGCAGCCACAUUGACUGCCACCAUCACACAAGCCUCAAGUCCUCCAUCAGGAAAGAAACCAAGGUGUUGAAGACGCUCUCUGUCAUCAUGGGCGUCUUUGUCUGCUGCUGGUUGCCAUUCUUCAUCUUGAACUGCAUGGUGCCCUUCUGUGAGAGCCCACCCAGUGAUCCCCACGCUGGCCUUCCCUGCGUCAGUGAGACCACCUUUAAUAUCUUUGUCUGGUUUGGUUGGGCCAACUCUUCUCUCAACCCCAUCAUCUAUGCCUUCAAUGCUGACUUUAGGAAGGUUUUCUCCAACCUCUUGGGAUGCGGUCAGUUUUGCUCUAGUACUCCGGUGGAGACUGUUAAUAUAAGCAAUGAGCUUAUCUCUUACAACCAGGACACCCUUUUCCAUAAGGAGAUAGUGACUGCUUAUGUUAACAUGAUCCCAAAUGUGGUUGACUGUGAGGAAAAUCGUGAGGACCCUUUUGAUAGGAUGUCCCAGAUAAGCCCUGACCAUGAGGUUGCCACUGACUCUGUUUGUGACCUGGACUGUGAGGGGGAGAUUUCGCUAGGCAAAAUAACACCUUUCACUCCAAAUGGUUUACAUUAAAUUGUAUCCUGCUCUGAUCAGUUCUUUGUGGAUUAUAACAGAAAAUAUUAGCACUGAGUGGAAAAACCUGCUGUAGUUUGGUUAGUCACUUCAUGCUAAACUCACUUCUGUGUGUAGCACUUUGCGGGAUGUAGACACUGUCAUGCAGGGGACUGGCAGCACAAACUUAAAUCAGCACUUCCCCAGGCUGAGAGAGGACCAGGCAGUCAUGUUGAUUAGCUGCGGUGAGGUAUUGUGGUAUAAUUACAGUCAGUUCAUGUCUAUAACAUGUUUGCAAAUGAAAGGUGCCAUUGUCAGUGCUAAGUAUUAUGACUUCUGAAAUCAGGGAUGGAUGUGGCUGGCGUAGACAUUACAUACAAAAAAAAAUCUGACCUGCUUGUUUGUUCAGAUCUUAUGGAUUUUUUUCCUCUGUUUUUGUUUGUUUGGUUUUUGUUUUGAUUUUUGUUUAAAGCUAGAAAUAGUGAGGUGGUGAUUUGGAUGAUUAUUUAAAUGUGUGUUUCUGCCAAAACAGAUUAUGUGAAAUCCUUGUUCUCCUAGGCGGCGAUGUUGCCUAUGAUAUCCUCUGUUCCCAGAUGAAUAAAUAAAAGUUAUAUUGAUCAA